ACGAGGGGCGCAAGGCUGCUAAUUACAUAUCCAGACGCCGGCACCUUCCUAGUCCUGGAACUCGGUACGUCAAGAUUGAUAAAUGUGAUGUGAAAUUUGUUAGUCAGCGCUAUCACCACACAUGUACAUGCACAUGUACAUACGGGGCUAAUUCAACAUGGGAAGCUUCAGCUCAGCUUCUAGUGCAGGUUAACCUUGGGAGCUACAGCACUUGCCUGCUCGCGCUGGAUUCCUUGGAACGCUGCUUCCAGGGCAGCCAAAGUUCAAUUAUUCUCAGGUAACAAUUGGACGCAUUCGAACCUUCUAAGCUGGAGCCUCCCCACUAUGGCCUCUACGGCUAAGCUUGUUUAGGCUUGUCGCGUGCCACUAAUUGGCCUAACUGAAGGAAGAACCACAAGAACCAUCAAUUCUAUAUCCUGGCUCUUUUCGUCAUCACAUCUUUUUUCUCUCUUCAAAUCACACCGUAUCAAAUCCCUUGAGGCUCAUUAUUCGCUGCUUCUCCGAUGCCAGCGUCUCCGGAGAAAUACGUGUAGGUAAUCAAAACAAAAACAAGCUAAACAUGCUUUAAUUCAUAGCAAACUCCUUUUCUUCUUUCGUCUCUCUAUACAUCCCUCUGUCCUAUUCUAUCUAAGCCUCAAGCACUAAACCCCCAAGCUUCGAUGUGUAUAUCUUCGACGAUCAUGCAGUAAAACUGUUUUACUUAGAGCUCGGAGCUUGCUGAAUGAUAGGAUGUCCAGUAAUAGCAACGACCAGUUCCCUCAAGUCCAAGGCGGAGGAAGCUUGAUUCUCGCCUGGCAGGUCAAGAAUAAGCAUGUCUUGGUAGUAGGAGGCGGCGAGGUUGCGGCUGGCCGCAUCCUCAACGUCCUGAACGCCGACGCCCAUGUAACCGUCGUGUGCCCGUCUUCCGGCCUUAACCCCGAAGUGCGCUAUCGUAUCGCCAACGACGAGGUCACCCACGUCAACCGCGUGUUUAGUCCUUCCGACCUCGAAACAUUGCCCCCAAGCAAUGGCCCCCCUGACAUGGUCCUGGUCGCUGUCGACGAUCCCGCCGCCUCCACCCAGAUUUGGAAGCUGUGCAAGCAGCACCGCAUACCGGCUAACAUCGCCGACGUGCCACCCGAAUGCGAUUUUUACUUUGGGAGCGUGCACCGCGAUGGACCCCUGCAGAUCAUGGUUAGCACCAAUGGCAAGGGCCCCAGGUUAGCCGCCAGUAUCAGAAAAUGGAUCGGUAACCAGCUACCAAAGGGCGUCGGCGACGCAAUUGAACGAAUCGGGGAGUUGCGUGCUAAGCUGCGCCAGAUAUCCCCAACCCCCGAGGAGGGUCCGAAGAGGAUGCGCUGGAUGACGAGAGUCAGCGACGCCUACAGCUGGGAUGAGAUGUGUGGCUUUACUGAGGAAGAUAUGGAUAAUCUCUUGACCUUUUACCCUAGCAACCAGGUGCCCCAUCUGGAUUUACUAAAGGGCAUGCGAGGCGGAAUGAGCCCGGAGGAUAUCGAUGUGUUUGACGGCUCUUUCGGUUUCAGUGUUGUCGCAUGAGGCUAGCUAUCUACCUCAUAGUAUAUAGUAGCUGGGUAGGCGUUAAUUUGGCUGGCUGUAUGGGUCUCGGGCAGACAGCCACUGACGAACUUAAUAAGAGACUUCAGGGAUGGCCAAAAACAAUUAACCAUAAUCAAACGGUUUAGAUCACGAUCUACUUGGCUUAUCAACUUGUAUCAUGGGCAUUGUGGGAACCAUGUUGGAAAUACAUACUACUUUGAGCGAGAAAAAGGACUGGGCCAUUUUUAUGCGUUAUAUUAUCCAGAUUAUAAUCCUCACUAGGCUUCGUCAUACAUACUGAAUAGGUUCAAUGGAUAAUAGGUUUCGUGCUGUUCAAA